AUGAGGGGUGCUUUACUGGUGCUUAUGUGGAAGCACCUUAUGGUGCGAAUCAAAAGGUUCCUCCAUACACCAAUAGAACUUCUGUCUCCAAUUGUUCUAUUUAUCAUUCUGUAUAUAUUCAAAGACAAGAUAAACCCUGUAAAUAAGACAUUACAAUUGAGUGAUUUCAAUGUCCAUAACACGGAUAUCCUUCCAUUGGAUAAACUGGAACCACCAAGAAAGGUUUAUUACAUACCUGAAACGGAACUUACAAAUUUGUUAAUGGAAAGAGUUGGCUCACAGUUGGGUCUGAAAAGAUUGAAAGAAGGUCAAGCAUGGUUCCCUGGUUAUCUUCCUCUAGCGAAUGAGGCUGAACUCACAAAAACUGCUGGUUCCCUAGAAUACGGUGAUGCCAUUGUCAUUUUUCAGAAUGUCAACGGCACGUGGCCGGAAAAAUUGAAUUACACGAUAAGAAUAAAAGAAAAUUUAUCGUUCAGGAUUGAACCAAGCCUCGGCUCUCACGAAAACUACGGUACCGUCUACAACAGGUUCCUUCGCUUGCAAUGGGCGAUAGAUUCGACCUAUCUUCAGCUUUUAACCGGAAACGUUAUUAAACAAAAGGUCACCGUCCAAGAGUUCCCCUACGCUGAAGCAGCGCAGAAUGAGACCGUGGGGCUGAUCGGAAUUCUUCUGAUCGUAAUCUCUUGGUUGUCCCUCGUGCUGGUCUUCGUGUUUACAGCUUCGAGGCUGCUAGAAGAACGCUGUUCUGGUAUUCAGGAGCUGAUAAAAAUGGUGGGGGUGUCCUCAAACCUGAUCAGUAUAUCACACUUCCUGAACGUUCUACCCGCUGGGAUCAUCUUCAGUGUUGUCGGCACGGCUCUACUGACUGCGUCUUCGAAUCCGCUGCUACGUCAUACCAACCCGCUGCUGGUCGCCAUAAUGUUGCUGCUGCACUUCGUCAGCAUUAUUUCAUUGGCGUUCGCAUUCAGCUAUAUGUUGAAAAGCCCUCAGUAUGUCGUGAGUCUGGCGUCUACGGUGUACGUGAUUCUGAAGUACCCCACCACGUGGAUCCAGGGCGUGAUCGUGCCUUGGUGGGCGAGGCCCUUCUCGAUGCUCAUCCCCCACGCGCCCAUGGUCUGCUUCUGGGAAGAUAUGGUUGCCCUCGAACUGUAUGGUAAAGGCAUAACCUUCUCCAACAUGGCAAAGCCACAUAGCCAGGGCGGUGUCUCGGUGAUCGGGUGCUACUUAUUCCUCGUGCUGCAGACUGCUAUUUUCUUCUCGCUCGCGCACUAUUUGUCACUCGUAAACCCAGGACCUUACGGCCAGGCCUUGCCUUGGACUUUCUUUUGUCAGAAAAGUUAUUGGUCCAAACGGCAAGUGGUCCCUGAAGAAGAGUCUGAAGAAAUGCAGGAAAUGGAAGACGAAGAAGAUGGACUAUUCUUCGAACCAGCCCCUAGGAAUGCCGAAGCUGGUAUCAAGAUCAUCAAUGUUUCUAAGGUGUUCGGCAAGAAGCGAGCCCUUAACAACGUCAAUAUGGACGUGUACCGUGGUGAGAUUACGGUAUUGCUCGGGCACAACGGCGCCGGCAAAACCACUCUUAUGUCUAUUAUCACUGGAAUGUUAUCUCCAAGCGAAGGCCAAGUAUACGUAGAGGGACUAGAUACAGCAACGCAAAGAAAUGAAAUGCGACAGCACCUAGGGCUUUGCCCUCAGCACAAUCUCUUUUUCCCGGACCUCACUGUGUUGGAGCAUAUUAUCUUCUUCACAAUGCUCAAAGGCAUCGGCUACACUGAGGCUAAGUCCUCGUCCCUUAAACUGUUGGAGCACCUGGGUUUAUCCCCUAAGCUGAACGAACCCAGUAGUGCUCUAUCCGGUGGCAUGAAGAGGCGGUUACAGCUCGGUUGUGCGUUGGCGGGUGAUGCUAGGCUCCUGGUACUAGAUGAGCCCACCGCUGGGCUUGAUGUGGAAUCCAGGAGGCAGUUGUGGGAUUUAUUGACGUCACUACGCGGGUCCCGCACUGUCCUGCUGAGUACCCACUUCAUGGAAGAAGCUGACGCUCUGGGCGACCGAGUGGCUGCCCUCCAUGCUGGAAAGCUUCGCUGUCACGCCACACCGAUGCACCUAAAAAGAGCACUAGGGACCGGCUACCGUCUCACCUUCACCACUAUCGGUCUACCGAACGAGCGGUUGAUAACGGAAGUGGUGCAAUCCCAAAUCCCGGAUGCCAGUGUCAAGGAGACCUCGAUGAACUCAAUAUCGUACAAUUUGCCGGCGAAAGACAGCGCCAAGUUCGGGAAAUUAUUUUCCACGUUGGAAAAGAAGAGACACCAACUGGGUAUAGAUGCGAUUGGGGUCGGAAAGUCUACGUUAGAGGAAGUCUUUUUGAAAUUGUGCAGUGAUAUAACAACUAAUUUUGAUGACGACGAAGUGGACGCCACAACACAAGAAGCGAACUACCCGAAAGUGACCGGUCUGCCGCUCUACCUUCGCCAGUUCUCCGUCUUAUUCAAACGCCAAUUGAAAUACCUGUGGUCCAGAAAGAAGUCCUUCAUUGCAUUACAAGUGAUCCUGCCGAUAUUGUUCAUCUGCGGUGUGACGUACUCCAUCAACGACGCCACCAUCCCACCGGAUAAACAACCGGCGGUCGCUAUGAACCUGGACGUCUAUAAGGAUCUGGACAAUCAAAGGGUGCUCUACAAAGUUAACGAGACUGUCAGUCUACGGAGCGUCAGCGAUACUUACCCGAAAGUCGAUUUCGAACGAGCAGACGAUGUUGCCAGUAAUGUCCUACGUAUCAGCAAGCGAGAUCCGUUGGAUUUUAAUAAAUACUUAGUCGGAGUUGAACUUAACGAAACAGAUGCUAAGAUCUUAUAUACUACUCACGUACAUCACGCAGCGCCAGUCGCUAUGAAUCUACUGAACAACGUGCUGGCGAGCAAACUUCUGCCGUGGGGGGACGGGGCCACAAUCACCACCGUCAACUACCCUGUCUACAGUGUCAAUAUGAGAGCGGCAGAGAUAGUCGAGCCGAAGGACACGAGCAACACAUUUUUAUGGGCGUCGCUCAUUGUGUUUAUCAUAGCAGCCACUCAAAUGAACAGCGUGACGCUCGCGUGCAAAGAGCGAUUGACGAGCACCAGACACUUGCACAUAAUGUCCGGGUGUCCGUCCGUGGUCUACUGGCUGUCCACACUGGUGUUCCAAAUCUUCCUAUACAUUCUCACUUUGCUGAUACCAACUAUUGUCGCCUGCAUCACUCUCGAAAAGGACAAUACACUUAAUCAGCCCGGAUUUCUUGUGAUUUUAACGUUGAUCUUAAUCCUGGGAAUGACGGCGUUUCUAUGCUUCGUGUUCUUCGUGAGUUUCUUCUUCGCGGAGCGCGCAGCUAGCGGCAUUCUGAUCGCCAUCAUUUUCGUAUUCGGUUUUCUAACACCAACAAUGCAAGCCGGCGCGGAGUUGAUAAAGGAUGAGCUGCCGUCCUAUGUCCACUAUUUGCUGACGGCUACCGGUUACAUUGUACCGUCCCACACGUUCUCUAUGGCGGUGAUACGAGCCGGCAACGUCGCACGAAUAAACGCUUUCUGCGACCUCAAUAAGGACAAGUGUCCUAAUCUUAUUAUCCCAGCUCUUGGUUUCGACGUCAAAAAGUGUUGUGAGUUAAACACAAACCCGCGAAGCUAUUUCGACUUCGACGAGUAUGCGCCGGCGAUGUUCUUAAUUAUUCUCUUCGUUCAAAUUGUCGUUUACAUGGCCAUCGUCAUAGCGCUGGAGGAAGGGUACUUCAUGUGCCUCUGCGACCGUCUCCUCAACCCCACCUACACGCCCAAGAGUCGCGACGAUAUCGACGAGAUCGUGCGGGCGGAGAGGUUGUAUGUCAACAAGGCUAUCGAUUUACCGGCCAGAGACAUCCAAGACGCCAUGCUAGUGGACGACGUCCACAAAAACUAUGUGCGCCCUUUCAAGAAGUCGUGCAACGCAGUCAAAGGGGUUAGCUUCUCGGUCAAGAAAGGUGAAUGUUUCGGUCUCCUGGGGGUGAACGGCGCGGGCAAGUCGACCACUUUCAAGAUGCUCACGGCUACCGAGUGCCCCACCAGGGGGCGCAUCUUCGGCAACGGAUACCACAUGAUGAAGUCGCGGACAGAGUACCUUCGUUCAUUGGGCUACUGUCCCCAAUUCUUCGGCCUGGACGCGUUUCUAACUGGGCGAGACAAUUUGACGCUGUUGCUGACACUUCAAGGGCGUGAUGAGGAGCAUAUCCACCAUGAAGUGGAUUCCUGGAUCGAAACUGUCGGUCUUUCGAAAUACGCCGAUCUCCCGGUGAGCGGGUAUUCGGGCGGGUGUGCACGCCGUUUGUCGACUGCGGCGUCGCUCUGCGGCAACGCUGCUGUCACGCUGCUCGACGAGCCGACAGCUGGCGUCGAUGUUGCUGCUAGACGGCGCGUGUGGGCUGCACUACGGAGGGCUACGGCUUGCUGCAGAUCGCUGAUCAUCACUUCUCACAGCAUGGACGAGAUGGAAGCUCUCUGUGACCGCAUAGCUAUAAUGUCCGCUGGAGAAAUUCGCGCCCUCGGCGAAGCAGCUGUACUGCGGGCGAACCACGCUGCUGGACACGCGCUGACCUUGAAGUUGACCCCAGCAUCGACAGAUGAAACGGACGGUUCCAAGUCCCACCUCCGUCGCCUGAAAGCGGCUCUUCAGGAGAGAUUUGACUGCACUCUGAAGGAUGAGCACAAGACAAUGCUCCAAUACCACAUAAACGACGAGAUAGCAUACAGCGAGCUGUUCACAGCUCUGGAGAAACUCAAAGACCAGUUCCCGCUGGUCGAGGACUAUUCGGUCACGGAGACGACCCUCGAGGAAGUAUUCCUUUCGUAUGCGCAGACGGACACGGCUACGCCUGGGCCAUCGGAGGCAACAGCUGAUACGCAAGGGUCACCCGCUUGA